UAGAUUCUGUCGUAAAGUUAAUAGGACGCCAUCCCAUGCGCAAGUCUGUGAAUAUCAACAUGGUCCGCCAUUUUCUCAGCCUUGGGUUUCUUGUGUGGAGUUUGGUGGCAGCGGAGGACACAAGCCCUGUCUACUUCAUUGUUGCCCCAAACAUCAUCCACGUCGACACAGAUGAAGUAGUUACCGUAACGACGUACGGCGUUCAAGAAGAGGUGACGAUACGGCUCUCGUUGCUGGAUUUUCCGAAAAGUACAGUUGUCCAUUAUGAACAGGAGGUCACGGUAUCCUCAAAUGACGUCGUCAACGCCACCAUCCGCCUCCCGCUGUCAGCCCUGCCGCAGACCAAACUGGACCCCUUCUACGUGUCACUGGUGGCGGAGUGUACGUCCCUGGCGCUGUCGUUCAGGCAGGAGGUGCCAGUACUGGUGGAUGACAGUCCGGGUGUCAUCUACAUACAGACGGACAAGCCCGUCUACACCCCCGGGCAGACCGUCAAUAUCAGAGUGGUGCCGCUCAAUGACGCGCAGCUUCCUUCCCAAUGGCCUGUACAGAUCGACGUCAAGAACCCGGACAACGUAGCGGUCAGCCGGUCUGUGAGUGAGGGGAACCAAAGCUUCGUGACGGACAAGCUGAAGAUUCCAGACAACCCUGUGUAUGGUAACUGGACAGUGGAGGCCAAGUUCUACAACAUGUUGAAAACUUCGUCCAAAGUACGUUUUGAAGUCAAAGAAUAUGUGUUGCCGACGUUCACAGUGAAGUUUGACGUAGCGGCGCAACACAGAGUUAUCCUCCCGGAUACGGAACACUUCAACACAACACUUCAAGCAACAUAUGUAUUCGGGAGACCAGUCAAGGGUCACGUGACAGUGACAUAUGGACUUGUAUGGCACGGACACGUGUUUCCUAUGGGAAAACAACGUAAUAUUUUGCUGAACAGUACGGGAAUGGCGGAGUUCCACGUGAAGACGGACCAGGUGAAGCUUCCGGUGGAGAGUGUCUGGUUUCCUAAUGGAGGAAGGUUAUAUUUAGAAGCUGAUGUCACGGAAGAGGCUUCUGGGAAAGUGGAACACGCUAUUGACCAAUCUGUGGUUUUUGCGGAAACUGCUUAUGUUUUCAAAUUUACAAGAUCCAGUAGAUUCUUCAAACCAGGACUUCCCUAUAUACUGAGAGUGGAUGUGAUCCGCGCUAACGGAGAGCCAGCGCGUGGGUUGACUGUGGUUGUGGAGGGUGAGGCGGCCGUGAGGGAGGAGAGCAUCCAGCUUACCCCCUGGAAUGGGGGAGAGAGGCGAAACUUCAAAUCUGAUGACAAUGGAAGGUUGACGCUUGACUUCCGGCUACCCGCAGACGCUAAGAACAUUCACUUCAUGCUGAAGUCCAAGGCAAAAGGCCUGGCCCGAGCGUCUGAGACGGUGGCCCAUUUCGGCGCGUCCCCCUACUUCUCCCCCUCAGACACCUACAUGUUGGUGAAGGCCAACCCUACAGCAGGGGAUUUCGAAGACGACAUUCCUGCCGUUGGAGACUACAUCACAGUUCAGACGACGAACACCGACCCUGUUGAUCUUAACAUCAUCAACCUGUUGGUUGUGUCACGAGGUCGGGUUGUUUUACAACUGAAAACUAGGAACCUGGGCGGCGCACGCACUCAGUUCCACUUCCCUGUUACACCGGAAAUGUCACCGAGUGUCCGUCUACUGGCGUUCUCAAUGCGAGGCUCGGAAGCGGGGUCAGAGGUCAUAGCUGACUCAACGUGGCUUGAUGUUGAGGAAAGUUGUGAACAUGAGAUAACUAUGAAUGACGACUUGUCGAGACGGGACUACUACCGGCCCGGGGACACGGGGACGCUGACUGUAAAGGGCAUGCCUCACAUGGACAUCGGACUCCUGGCAGUCGACAAGGCGGUGUACUACCUCAAGAACAAACUCUCCUUGUCUAGAAGCACCGUGUUCGACUCCCUGAAACAGCAAGACCGUGGGUGUGGCCGAGGUGGAGGGCGGGACAGCGCUAACGUGUUUCAGGACGCUGGACUGACCGUCCUCACGAAUGCUGGACUGAGAACAGAGCCCCGAGCACAGAAGGCAUGCUCCAACAAGUACGUCAGACGACGCAGGGAGGCAUCGAGAGAGAGUGCCAUGGCUACGUUGUGCUGUAAUGAGGGUUUCGCCGUCGAGAACGCCACCAUUUCCAUAUGCUACAAGUUUGCAUCUAUUGUGAAGAACGGCACCAAGUCCGAGGAAUGUGCCUCCAGCUACUUCCGGUGCUGCAAACACCGUGUAGAGAACCCCAGCAACCAUACGGGAUCGGGCAGAAUCACCAAACCCGAGGACGUACAAGACGAUGGCCUUGACCUUCCGUUUGACCAGAACGACGUCGACGUGUCCUCCAUCCCCCUCAGAUCCAAUUUCCCAGAGGCCUGGUGGUUUGAGGACUAUGCACUGGACGGCGAUGGGAAGAAGGAGAUCGAGUUCACCCUGCCGGAUACAAUCACGACGUGGGUUGUACAAGCGAUAGGCGUGUCAAGACGCCAUGGCUUCUGCGUGGGGAAGGCUCACAACAUCACGGCGUUCAAGAACUUCUUCAUCCAGCUCGACCUCCCCUUCAGCGCCAUCCGACUGGAGCAGCUGGAGGUCCGGGCCACCGUGUAUAACUACAUGGACAGGAACGUCACGGUGAAGAUGUAUCUCUCAAGUGAAGAGGGUGUGUGCUAUUCGGGAGAUCCCGGUGAAAACUCGGAAGUUGCCGAGUUAGACGUGCCAGCCAAUGACGCGUCAUCGGUGUCCUUCCCUAUCAUCCCCCUGGAGGUGGGGGACUAUCCCGUCAGGGUGGUAGCCUUCUCCCCCUGGGGCUAUGACGCCGUGGAGAAAACUCUCAGAGUCGAGGGGGAAGGGCUGGAGAAGAUCCACACCGUAUCUGUGAUGCUCGACCCCACAGGCAAGAGGCUGCUGAGAGACACGCCCUACAACUCCUCAUUUGGUCUCAAAUCUGAAAUAAACAAGCACCAGAGCAAGCAGAAGGUGGAGGUGGACCUGCAGCUCCCCAAGGAAACCAUUCCCAAGACAGAAAAGUGUUCAGUCAGCGCCAUAGGUGACCUGCUGGGCCCCACUGUGACGAGUGUAAUCAAAGGCCUCCACAACCUGCUCCGGCUGCCCACCGGAUGUGGGGAACAGAAUCUCAUCUUCCUCGGCCCCAAUGUGUUUGUGUUGCGGUAUCUGAGGGCCGCCAACAGGCUGCCACAGGCAGUGGAGAAGAAGGCCCGGACGUACAUCAGAGAAGGUCUGAAUCGCCAGCUGACCUUCAGGAAGCCGGACGGUUCUUAUGGAACAUGGCCGAGCGCGGAAUCCAGCACGUGGCUGACGGCCUUUGCUCUGAAGACGUUCACACAGGCCGGGGAGUUCGUCACAGUGGACCCUGUGGUCACGUGUCAGGCCUUCGAGUGGCUGCUCCACAAACAGAAGGAAGAUGGAACAUUCAUCGAGAACGCUGGGGUCAUGCACAAGGAGAUGACGGGCGGUGUGAAUGGCGACGCUACACUGACGGCCUUUGUGUUGAUUGCCUUGUUAGAGAGCGACUGUAUCCCCAUGUCUCGGAACUUUUCUGAGAGGAUCCGGAGGCGAGCAGUAGAGUUCCUGGAACAAGAACUGGUGGCCUUGGACCGUCCUCUCGCAGUUGCAAUGACAGCCUACGCCCUGACGAUGUCUCUGAGUCAAGAACGACACGACGCGUUUGAGAAAAUGAAGGCCAUGGCGCAGUCUUCUGUUGACGGACAUACCUUUUGGCCUGCUGGGGAGAUCGACCACAUCGAGGGCCACUUCCAUCAGCCCCUGUGGUACGCCAAGAGGCCCGGGGCCCUAGCUGUGGAGACAACCGCCUAUGCCCUACUGACCUACCUGGAACACGGCUUCAUCAGGGAGAGCCACUCCAUCGUCAGCUGGCUCACGGGGCAGAGGGAGUCUCACGGCUCAUUUGUGUCCACACAGGACACAGUGAUAGGCCUGCAGGCUUUGUCCGAGUACAGCAUCAAGACCUACUCGUCCAUCCUCGACAUGACCUGUGACCUCCGGUCCGAUGUGGAUGCCAGCUUCAAGGAGUCAAUCCUGCUGCAACAUGAGGACGCCUUCGUGCUGAAGACCGUGCCCAAGGUACCGACUGGGGGGAAGCUGGUGUUCGAGGCAGCCGGCACGGGGGUGGGGAUGAUGCAGGUGGAGGUCAGGUAUAACGUCCCGGAUGAAGACAACAGCUGUCGCUUUGACGUCAUCGUCAAAAGUACCCGGCUGUCGCACAUGCUGACUCAGUUCUUUUGGCAGAGGGGCAACUCAGAGUGUGAGCCCUGUUCCCAAGAGUGUGAUGAGGAAGAGACUGGAGAGGAAGAGGAGGAGGGAGAUGAUAACAUUGAGUCCUUCACCUUCCCGUCUGUCGUACCUCGCAUUCAGGACCCGCGGCGCAAACUAAUAAAUAAUUACAUCGAUCACCAUGGAAGCCGUAUAGGACGGCCCUUCUCUCGAAUUGGCAAACCUCUCUCCAGACGGGCACGCUCCCUGGUGGCCAGUGCCAGAGUUCUCUGUAUUGAAGUGUGUGUCAGGUACCAUGGCAACAGAGAAACAGGCAUGUCCGUAGUGGACGUGGGGCUCUUUACUGGCUAUAAACCCGUAGAAUCUGAUCUUAAAAACUUGAUAAACAAAGGCAAGAUACAACACUACGAGCAGUCUCAGAGAUCUGUGAUCUUCUACAUGGAGGAGAUAUCUCACAAGAAGAACGAAUGUCUCAAAUUCCGAGCCAAACAGAGUCACAUGGCUGAAAACAUCCAGCCGGCUAAAGUCCAGGUAUACGACUAUUACAAUCCAGAUGAACGGUGCACGAAGUUCUACAAGCCUGACAACGCCAGCGGUCAACUGGCCAACUUCUGUGACAAACAGAGGAAGAUAUGUCAGUGUCUGGAAGGUCGCUGUGGGCGGUGCGAGGAGGUCUGGUAUGGCAAGAAGUGGACUUCCUAUGUGAACUACUCCUGUCAAAACGCCACGAACAUUUUGCUGGUGAAGAUUCUAGACCAUGACGUUGCUAAGGCGGGUUUCGAGCGCUACCUGGGGGUGGUGCAGCAAGACGUGUACCAGGUUGGUCCCCGCCAGGUGGAGCCACAGACCAAGGUCAUCCUGCUGAAGAGAGCGUCGUGUAGUUGCCCAGGGUUGGAGAAGGACAAAGUCUACGUCAUGAUGCUUCGGGAACCGAAGAAGUUUGUCGACGUCGAGGGGAACGAGGUGCACGCCUUUCUGCUGGACCAGAAAGCGUUUGUUGUGGAGUACUACCGACUCCGGGACAAGGGGCUGAAGAGUCAGCAGAAGCAGCUCGCCCGCCAUCUCAAGCGGACUGUCAGGAGACUCUCCAGGAAAGGGUGCCGGAAGCUGACAAACCGGAAGAAGGGCAAGGGCAAGGGCAAGGGCAAGGGCAAGGCAAGGGCGCUACGAACAAGGGCGAGGUCAGCUAAGAGGCGAAACCGGAAGCACAGAGUUAUGUCCUAAAACCAAGGUUAAGGGCAGGUGGAGAAAGUUUGGCGCCUCUUCAUACAAAUAAGACAUGCUGAAGUGAAGACAGUGUACAAUUUAUAAUGAAGAAACAGUUAAGAGGUCAUGUCCACGUGCGGAGAAGGGUAUUGUAUUACAGGUGGUUUAGAGGAUAUACAUCUUUAUAUUGAGACUUGACACAGCUUGGUGUACAUGUUGUAUGUUUUCCUUCAUUUAGUCAGGGGCCCUUGUUCGCGGGUUCUAUUUUGUCAAAGAAGCCAUGAAAAUUAACUUUAAACUGAAACUGAUGUCACAAAUAGCUACUGGCAGAACACGGUUUGGAAGUAACCACAAAUGCACAAAUCAAAUUUUAUAUUUGUUUGUCUGGCAUAUAUCACAGCAUACGAAUGUUUUAUAUUAAACCAAUCAUAUUUUU